AUGUUAAAACAAUACGGAAAAAAAGAAUCUGGUGACAACUUGUUCAAGUCAGCAACACAAUUAGCAUUGAGUAUAUCUAACCAGUUCAUGUUCGUCACCGAUUAUGAUGCUGGAAAUUUGCAGGCUCUGACCAAAGACGGUAAUAUCAUUUGGAAAUUUAGUGAUCUAGAGUUAAAACAGCCUUGGGGAGUUUGCGUGUUGUCGGGUCAAUAUAUUUUGGUUUGUGGACGAGGUUCCAACAAUGUGUUACAGGUUGAUAAGAAAGGCAAAAGGAUUCGAGAGUUGCUUGGACCUUCCGAGAAAUUAAACGAUCCGUUGGCUUUGGCCUUUGACAGAGAAACCUCCAGGCUGCUAAUAGGAAACAGUUCAAAUGAAAUACACGUGUAUACAUUAUCUAAAAUGUAA